AUGUCCCUCCCAACAGUCCCCCUCAUUAUCAACGGCGUCGAGGAAUAUAACCCCUCCGCCUCCUUCGCCGUAACCAGCCCCUACACAAACCAACCCUGCUGGACCGCCGCCGCGGCAUCUUCCACCGAUGCCCUCCGCGCCGUUGAUUCCGCCUCUGCCGCAUUCCCAACCUGGUCCGCGACAAAACCUGCUGUCCGGCGCGACAUUCUCCUGAAAGCAGCUGAUAUUCUGGAGAAGAAUUUGGAGCGUAAUGCGGGGUUUAUGCAAGCGGAGAUGGGCGCGGAUGUUGGUGCUUCGCAGAUGUUUGUGGCGCCGUUGGGAAUUCGUAUGUUGAGAGAUCUCGCGGGACGAAUUGCGUCGAUUUGUGGGAGUGUGCCGGUUGUGGAGGAUGAGGGACAGAGUGCGAUGGUUGUUAAAGAGGCGAUGGGGGUGAUUUUGGGGAUUGUACCUUGGAAUGCGCCAUAUGUCUUUGGCAUUCGCUCCGCUGCGUGCGCCCUCGCUGCGGGAAACACUACCAUUCUUAAAUCCUCCGAGCAAACCCCCCGCUGCUACUGGGCCAUCGCGCAGGCUCUCCACGAAGCUGGUCUCCCUGCAGGCUGCCUCAACUUGAUCUCCUGCCGUCCCCAGGAUGCCCCCGAAGUCGUCAACACGAUGAUCGAGCACCCCGCCGUGCGCAAGAUCAACUUCACAGGAAGCACGGCGGUGGGACGCAAGAUUGCACGCGCGUGCGGAGAGAACCUGAAGCCGUGCCUGAUGGAAUUGGGAGGGAAGAAUAGCGCGAUUGUGUGUGCGGAUGCGAAUAUCGAGACGGCUGUUAAGGGUGUGUUGGCGGGUGCUUUGCUCAACUCUGGCCAAAUCUGUAUGUCAACAGACCGCAUCCUCAUUCACGCUGACAUCGCCCCAACCUUCAUGGCCGCCCUCAAAACCGCCCUAGCCUCGUCCGCUGAUCCCGCCUCCCCACCGCCAACCCUCGUCAACCAAGCUUCCAAAUCCCGCGUCGAAAGGCUCAUCACCAGCGCCCUCGACUCAGGCGCCUACCCCCUCACCGGUUCAGCAGACAUCCCACAGUCCGACUCCUGCGUCCGCAUGCCACCGGUCAUCCUGGGCGGUGUUAAGGAGGACAUGGCCGUGUGGCAGGAAGAGAACUUUGCGUCGCUGGCUGCGUGUAUGGUUGUUGGGAGUGAUGAGGAGGCUAUUCGCAUUGCAAACUCGAGUGGGUAUGGGUUGUCUGCGUCGGUGUUCACGGAGGAUUUGAGGAAGGCGUUUGCUAUGGCGAGGAAGAUUCAGUCUGGGGCGGUGCAUAUCAACAGCAUGACGAUCCAGGAUGAACCGGCGCUGCCGCAUGGUGGUGUCAAGGCGAGUGGAUGGGGACGGUUUAAUACGGAGAUGGGACUGGAGGAGUUUUUGGUGACCAAGAGUGUGACUUGGAUGGAUUAA